GCACUAAUAUAAUUUGUUUAUUCAGUUUGCCGAGCUUGUGUGUAACAAUACGUCGCGUGUUGCUAGUUCAGUGUACAAUAUCAGUUCAAAUUGGCAAAAUGCCGUCGUUACCUGUGGAGUCGUCAGAGAGUUUGUCUCGAGUUUCGUGGCCUAGCAACGAGAGCAUCCACGCAGGAAGUUCCUCGAGUGGUUCGGGAUAUCAGAGUCCCACUUCGCCAUAUUCCUCUUCGCCCAUAUCCACAUCCCCGGACAACACUCUGAAGAAGAGAAGGAUACGGCGAACCACGAGUUUGGGGAGCGUCAUACAGAAACCCUUUGUCAUACGAUCAGACGCUAGAGACUCGAGGAGCCAAAGUCCGGUUCUAAUGCGCCCCGAAGAAGAUGAUUCCUUUUCUCUACUUUCCGACCUCAUAGGCUGGUAUCCGUGCUUCUUACUCCGCAUGGCCAAAGCCGUGGUCCUUGCGAUUUUGCCGCAAACCUGGAGGCAGCUAAUCUUCGCUCUACCCAUGCUCUGGGUGUCCAUGUGGUUCUGGCUCUUCACCCAAUUCAUCCAGCUGCCUUUUACCAUCAUUAAGGUACUACUAUCGAUUGUCUUUUCUCCUAGUACUCCAGGCAACUCUAAGAAACGAACCGUCCUGAUAAGUGGAGGAAGCACCAUUCAAGCUCUGCAUUUGGCCAGGAAUUUCUACUCGGCCGGUGCAAGAGUGGUGGUGUGCGAAGUAGAAGGCUUGUUCGCAUUAUCUAGAUUCUCGACGGCUGUAAGUCGAUUUUACACCGUACCGAGACCAACCAGCGACCAGCAACAGAACUACGUCAGGGCCCUUUGCGAGAUUGUCGACAAGGAACAGGCAGUUUAUUACAUUCCGGUUUGUGCCACCACUUCAGCAUAUUACGACUCCGUGGCAAAACCCCAUCUGGAACUGCUUGGUUGCUCUUGCUUCUGCCCCGGUAUCAAGGAAGUCUGGGUCUUGGACGACACCUUGGAGGUUCUGAAACGUUGCCAAAAAUAUCAAAUUCCUACCCCAACUUAUCACGCAGUCACGUCAAAGGAUGAAGUUAUUCAGCUGUACGAUACCGGUGCCAUAAGGAGGGGUAUUUACGUGAUGUCCACUGCUGGACCUAGAGGUUUGAGAGAAAGGUCCAAGAUUGUCCUCCCUUUAUCAAGGAGUGAUUUGAAGAUUCCUAACGACAUAAACGAGCAAAGGCCUUGGGUUCUCGUACAGAACCCUGAAGGUGAACAUUAUUUAACUUGCACUACAGUGAAACAAUCUCAGGUUAUAGCGAAUGUAACCUGUAAGAUGGACAAAGACGACAGUGGACUUAUCCCCGUUGAAAACAAAGAAAUAAACCAUUGGCUGGCCAAUUUUUUCAGCAAACAUCACUUGCUGCGACCGAUAAACGGUCACAUAAGCUUCAGAUUUGUGAUCACGAAAGAAUCUAAUGCUGUUAUUCCACUGAGCAGCAGAGUUGGCGUUUCACUGCCUUAUAUUUGCUAUACCAGCGUGCAUCCAAGGUUGCUGUGGAAACCUUGCAAACACUUCAACAGGCAGAACUCUGGACCAUUGAUCAAUGAAAAUAGUACCUACAUAAUGCCCGAUACUGUUAUGCAUACCAUUAAAAAUCCUUCGAUUGAAACGGUUACAAGACUCAUAGGGACAGUUUUGGACAAGAGGGAGGCCCUCUUUGCCAUAUGGGACCCCUUGCCCUAUUGUGCGUACUACCACAUGCAGUUGCCAUUUAAGAACGUGCUAGGGUUCAUGCAGAGGAGGCAGGAUAGCUUCCCAAGGCCGAUGACUACCGCGGUGCGAUGAUUUCGAUUGUCUUCUCAAAGGGAGAGAGAACCAAGCCUGAGGAUUAAGAGGGGUUAAACUAUAAUUUUUUGAAUAAAAAAUGAAGAACCUUAUUUAUUUCCUUUAUAUUUUUUUAUUCCAAAGUUGAGUGAUGUACAUUUUGUAAACAUGUUAUUGUUAAAGCUAAGAUUAAGAUUUAUUUAUAAAUGGUUUUAAUCUCAUGUUUAUAUUUGAAUGUAUUGUCUGAACAAACUAUAUUUUUUAUUCUCGCUAGUAAAUAUUUUUUAUAGUCAUAUUAUAUCUUGUAGGUAUAUAAAAACUACGGUAUGUUACAUUAACUGAGGUUUUGUACAAAGUGUUGUAUCAUUGUAUCAGUGGUACAUUUACAUUAAGUGGAAUCUGAUAUAUUUUUGUAUGUACAUAUUUUAGAAAAAACGUAAAUAAAACAAAAUAUUGACCAA